AUGGAGCUAUUCUAUGCCUCUCUCCUGGCCUUCUUUGUUCUCUCUGUCACCCUAUCUUUCUACUUCCUUUUAUACAGCAAAAAAUCCGGCUCCCUUCUCAGUAACCUCCCACCCGGUAGCACCGGGUUCCCAAUGGUGGGCGAGAGCCUCGAGUUUCUCUCCACCGGAUGGAAAGGUCACCCUGAGAAAUUCGUGUUCGAUCGCAUAGCCAGGUACUCGUCUUCCGUAUUCAAGACGAGCCUUUUGGGCUCUCCCACAGUUAUGUUCUGCGGGGCAGCCGGUAACAAAUUCUUGUUCUCUAACGAGAACAAGCUCGUCCAGGCAUGGUGGCCUAGCUCCGUCGACAAAAUUUUCCCGACAUCAACCCAAACCUCAUCAAAAGAAGAGGCCAUCCGGUUGCGAAAAAUGCUCCCCAACUUCCUCAAGGCGGAGGCGUUGCAGAGGUACAUAGGAAUCAUGGACGGGAUCGCUCAGCGACACUUUGCCACUGAUUGGUAG